CGGAACUGGGGCGGAGCGGGCCGGAGAGUGGCGGAGGCCGGCGGGCGGCGCGCGGCCGCGGGACAUGACUGCCGGCCGCCAGGCCGAGGGCGCGGACGCGGAUGCCGCGUCCGCGCGGGGGCCUUCCCGGGUGGCCAAACUGCUGUCGGCGCUCUUUUACGGGGCCUGCUCCUUCCUCAUCGUGCUGGUCAACAAGGCGCUGCUGACCACCUACCGUUUCCCAUCACCAAUUUUUCUUGGAAUUGGACAGAUGGCAGCUACCAUAAUGAUACUGUAUGUGUCCAAACUAAAUAAAAUAAUUCACUUCCCUGAUUUUGACAAGAAAAUUCCCGUGAAGCUGUUUCCUCUGCCUCUCCUCUAUGUUGGAAACCACAUAAGUGGAUUAUCAAGCACAAGUAAAUUAAGUUUGCCGAUGUUCACCGUGCUCAGGAAAUUUACCAUUCCACUUACUUUACUCCUGGAAACCAUCAUACUUGGGAAACACUAUUCCUUGAACAUCAUCGUCAGUGUUUUUACCAUCAUACUUGGCGCUUUCAUAGCAGCUGGUUCUGAUCUUGCCUUUAACUUGGAAGGCUAUAUUUUUGUAUUCCUGAAUGAUAUCUUCACAGCAGCAAAUGGAGUUUAUACCAAACAGAAAAUGGACCCAAAGGAGUUAGGCAAAUAUGGAGUGCUUUUCUACAAUGCCUGCUUCAUGAUUAUACCAACUCUUAUCAUCAGUGUCUCUACUGGAGACCUUCAGCAGGCUACUGAAUUCAAUGAAUGGAAGAAUGUUCUAUUUAUCAUACAGUUUCUUCUUUCCUGUUUUUUGGGCUUUCUCUGGAAAGUACCCCUGCAGCAGAGGAGUGGAGUGAGACCCAGGAUCCCUGGGAACACAGCCCAAAAGACCAGGAGCAAGCAUGAAACACUGUUAUUUUUGAGAGUCAUGUUAACAUCACAUUUCUCCAAAAUAUGAUGUUGUCUAUUGAUUUCUGAAAGUUAGUCUGCAUGAGGUCCGCUGAUGUAUUACAUUCAGUGCUAUUUGUUGUCUUUGCUACAAUGUCCCUCAGUUUUCAAGAUCUUCCACCCACAUAAAUAUGUGGAAAUGACAACCAUUUACUCUAGUGCCAUACCUGCUGUAUUCAGGGAAAUUUCUGAGGAGCUUUGUCCAAGCCAUUGUAUUGUCCAACAAUUUUAGGCUUUUGUCUUAAAAUUUUCCUUACGUCUGUCUUCCUGUUGAGAAGCCAUGCAGCCUGUGUCUUUUAUCUUCUGAAAACUUGAAAAUUCCCUUUCAUGAAUAGGUAAUACACGCAACUAAAUAAUCCAAGAACUGCAACAGAAUUCACAGGGAACAAAAGCUACUCUAUUUUUCCCUGUCCCCCAGCACUGCAGUUUUCUUCUUCAGAGGUGACCCCUGUUUGAAGUUUUUGGCAUAUCUUUCCUGAGUGGGGCUACAUGCAUAGACGAACACCUAUCUUAUCCCAUACUGAAAGGUGCUUUGAAUGACUAUGUCAGGGAAUUACUUAUCAAAAGUAAUUCUGUGAAUUUCCCCCCCCCCCUUUUUUUUUUUUACCAUCAAUAGUACAGUUUUCAUUAUGUUUAAAUUGGCUAAGAACACCUCAGUCUCUUUGAUCAACACUUAAAAAUUCUCAAACUUGAUUUUAAUUGCAGUGAUGUAGUCUCACACGAUGAAAACAUUUAUGUAUAACUUCCAUUUCACUUAUUCUCUUUUUAGCUGUGUCUG